AUCUCUUUUAAAACCACGCCCAAUGCAGAGUUCGCUCGGACGGCCCUGCAUUUUCAUACUUACUGGCACUUACCCACUGACGCAUUUGGCAGAGGAAGAGAGCAGAACGCCAUGCCGGAGCUUCCGGAGGUGGAGGCGGCGAGGCGAGCGGUGGAGGAGCACUGCGUGGGGAAGAGUAUCAAGAGAGCGGUUGUCGCGGACGACUCCAAGGUCAUCGAUGGCGUCUCCCCCGAAGACUUCCAGGCCUCCCUUCUCGGCAAAACUAUCGUUUCCGCUCGCCGCAAGGGCAAGAACAUGUGGCUCGAGCUCGAUUCGCCUCCUUUCCCUUCUUUCCAGUUCGGCAUGGCUGGUGCUAUAUACAUUAAGGGAGUGGCAGUUACAAAAUAUAAGAGGUCUGCUGUAAAUGAUACUGACGAGUGGCCUUCCAAAUAUUCCAAGUUUUUUAUUGAGCUGGAGGAUGGUUUGGAACUGUCUUUCACUGAUAAAAGGCGAUUUGCUAAAGUCCGCUUGCUCAAAGAUCCAGCUGCUGUGCCACCAAUAUCUGAGCUUGGUCCAGAUGCACUUUUGGAACCUAUGACAGUGGAUAAAUUCAUCAGCUUCCUGAGCAAGAAGGAGAUUGCAAUUAAGGCUCUUUUGCUUGAUCAGCAUUGUGUUGCGGGCAUUGGAAAUUGGAUUGCAGAUGAAGUACUAUACCAAGCGAAAAUUCAUCCACUGCAAAUUGCUGCCAGCCUGUCCCAGGAAAACUGCAUAGCGUUACACAAGAGCAUCAAAGAGGUUAUUUGCUAUGCGGUUGAAGUUGAUGCUGACUGUAGCUACUUUCCUCUUGAAUGGUUGUUUCAUUUCCGGUGGGGAAAAAAGCCUGGACAAGUUAUUGAAAAAUCAAUUGAAGUUGGGGCCGAUAGUAGUCAGUAUCCUAGUAAUUGGAUUUUCCAUUCCCGGGAAAAGAAGCCUGGCAAGGCUUUUGUCGAUGGAAAGAAGAUUGAAUUUAUCAGUGCUCGUGGCAGGACCACAGCGUAUGUACCAGAGUUACAAAAGCUAAGUGGAACACAAGCUGCAAAAUCAUCUGGUAAAUCGAGAAAACAGGCUUCUAAGAAAGACAAAGAUGUGGAAGGGGAGGAUGCUGUUGAUGAACCUGGAGAUGAGGAAGAAGAAAUUACAGCAGGAGCCAAAUCGAAGAAAAGGCAAAAUACAACUAGAGGCAAGGGAAAGAAACCUCCUGCAAAAAGAAAGGCCAAGGAUGGCGACGCUGGUGAUGAGGAUGACGAUGUUGAUGACAAUGACAAUGAUCAAAAGAAGAUAAGCAAGGUGAAAAAUGCAACUAGAGGUGGAGGUAGGAAACCUCCUCCAAAGAAAUCUAAAGGUAGAGACAAUGAUGAGGAUGAUGGCGAUGAUGAUGGCAACAGUGAUGAUCAAAAGGAGACAACAAGGAAGGUGGCUAAAAUGAAAGAGAGUAAGAUGGAAAAAACAUCCAGGAAAAAUGUGGAAACCAGUCAAGCAGCAAGGCGGGUCAAGAGGAAGAAGUAGGCUUUGUAAUACUGCACCUUAACUCUUCAUCCAAAUCCCGGAAGGAGAGAAUAUCGCAAGUUUUCCGCUGGUGUAGCCAUGUUACAUCCUCUCUUUUUGUUGUGGAAUUCAACAGAGCGAAUCCCAGUUUUGUCAUUGGCUGUCUUUUUUCCUGUUCCAGUGGUCAAGCAUGAUUUGUAGCAGUAUUUGUGCAACUGACUGGAAGCACCCCUCUUAAGUACUUUUGAGGAUCAUCUUUAAAGAUGCUAUGCUAAUGGUAUUCCUGAAGUCCUUUAUUAUCA